UAUUAUUCUUCAUUAAAUUUCCACAUGGUUAAGCCAAAGCGAACAUGGUUGCUUUCACUUCUCCUAUUAGCACUUCAAUUAACAGAACCAGGGGUGAAUUCCGCGAAAUUCACAUUAAUUAAUCAAUGCAACUACACAGUGUGGCCAGCUUCACUAAGUACCGGUGGAAACGAAAACCUUUCAACCACCGGUUUCGUUUUGAAAACCGGCGAGUCUUCCACCGUAACGGCACCGGCGAAAUGGAACGGCCGUUUCUGGGGCCGAACUCUCUGCGCCACCGGACACUUCUCCUGCGUCACCGGCGACUGCGGCUCCGGCAAGGUGGAGUGCGGCGGCAGCGGAAGCACGCCGCCUGCGACGCUGGUGGAGAUUUCUUUAAACGGCGCGAACGGCCAGGAUUUCUUUGACGUGAGUUUGAUUGACGGUUACAACGUGCCGGUGAUGGUGAUUCCCGUCGGCGUUUCCGGCCGGAGUUGCAACAGCACGGGGUGUCCGGCGGAUCUGAACGCCGUGUGUCCGACGGAGCUUAAGGUAACGGAAAAGGGGAACGUGGUGGGGUGCCAGGGCGCGUGCGGCGCGUUUGGUUUGCAGUUUUUCUGUUGCGUUGGGAAUCACUCGACGCCGAGCACGUGCGAGCCAAGCGCGUACUCUAAGAUAUUCAAGACGGCGUGCCCUCAAGCGUAUAGUUUCGCCUACGAUGACUCUACCAGUACGUUUACUUGUUCAUCUGCAGAUUACAACAUCAUCUUUUGUCCUUCAUCUAAUAACGCCAGCCUCCGUGUUGGUGACACACUCAUUGCUGGCAAUGGUACAACUCGGUGGCUUUCUCAAUCAGGAGACUUUGCUUUUGGAUUUUAUCAACUUCCUAAUGAGCUUUAUUUGCUAGCUAUAUGGUAUGAGAAUAUACCCAACAGGACCAUUAUUUGGAGUGCAAAUGGUGACAGUCAUGCUCCUAAAGGAUCAAGGUUGGAACUAAAUGACUCUCGUGGGCUAGUGCUUAGUAACCCUCAAGGUUCAGAGUUAUGGAGAUCAGGUUUUACGUCAAGGACAAUUUAUAGUGGUCUAAUGAAUGAUAAUGGAAAUUUUCAACUAUUGGACCAAAAUUUAAUGCCAGUAUGGGAGAGUUUCAGUCAUCCAACAGACACAUUGGUGCCUACUCAAGUAAUGCAGUUAAAUGGCAAUCUUUAUUCCCGACAAGGAGAAUUCAACUUUUCUCCUGGAAGGUUUAAACUUCAUCUCCAUGAGGAUGGAAAUGUUGUGCUCAACCUUGUUAUUUGCCUAGCAACUAUAGUUAUGAGCCUUACUAUAACAUAGGCGCCGUUGAUGCCAAGAACCAAACCAAUGAUGGCAUGCAAUUGAUAUUUGACAAAUCAGGCUUCUUAUACAUAUUGACAGAAAGAGGGGAGAAGUUUAAUAUCACCAAGCCAAAUGAGGGGAUCUCAACUGAUGGCUUUUACUACAAAGCAACAAUCAAUUAUGAUGGAGUUUUUACCAUAUCGCAAUACCCUAAAGAUCCAAAAGAUGGACAAAGAUGGGUCACUAUAAGGACAAUACCAGAAAACAUUUGUUUGAAUUCUACCUUCACAAAUGGUGAAGGUGUUUGUGGGUUUAAUAGCAUAUGCACCAUUAAAGAUGACCAAAGGCCAACAUGUAAUUGCCCAGAGGGAUACUCUCUUAUUGAUUCAUAUAACGUGUAUGGUGGUUGCAUACCGAAUUUCCAAGUCAUCUGUCAAGAAGGUGGGCAUCAAUAUCCACAAGAUGAUCAGUACAUAAUGAAGGAAUUAACAAACACUGAUUGGCCUAGAUCUGAUUAUGAAACAUUAAGUCCUUCUAGUCUACAAGAAUGCAAAAAAUCUUGUUUGCAAGAUUGCUUGUGUGUGUUAGUUACUUUCAAUGGAAGUUCUUGUUGGAAAAAGAAGCUCCCACUCACAAAUGGGAGAAAAGAUCAGGGAGUAAAUGGAACUUCAGUCAUGAAAUUGAUGAAAUACAAUAUUUCUCUGGCCUCUUUACCAAACUUACAUGCGAAGAAAGAUCAUGAUACUUUAAUCAUUGUGGUAUCAGUUCUUUUGGGUGGCUCCGUCUUUGUUAUUUUAACAUUAGUUGGUGCAAUAUGUUUUGGUUUCUCUUGGAAUCGCAAGAAAAUGACAAGUAAUAGAACCAAAAAAAGUUUUGUUGAUAGAAAUUUGCGCAACUUUACCUUCAAGGAACUUGUAGAAGCAACAGGUAACUUCAGAGAAGAAUUAGGAAGGGGAUCUUUUAGCAUUGUCUACAAAGGAAUAAUAGAGAUGACUAAUGUGGCUGUUAAGAAAUUAGAUAAGUUUGUUCGAGAUAAUGAUAAGGAAUUUCAAACAGAAGUGAACGUGAUAGGCCAAACUCAUCACAGGAACCUAGUUCGUUUGCUUGGAUAUUGCAAUGAAGGACAACAUCGGAUUCUGGUAUAUGAGUUUAUGAGCAAUGGAACUUCAGCAAGCUUCCUUUUCACCCCUUUGAAACCAAAUUGGAAUCAAGAGUCCACAUUGCUCUUGGAAUUGCAAGAGGUCUUGUUUACUUGCAUGAGGAAUGUUCCACCCAAAUCAUCCACUGUGACAUAAAGCCACAAAAUAUACUUCUUGAUGAUCAAUAUAAUGCCAAAAUUUCAGAUUUUGGGUUAGCAAAGCUAUUACUGAUUAAUCAAAGUCACACUGAAACCGGAAUUAGAGGAACAAAAGGGUAUGUUGCACCAGAAUGGUUUAGAAGUGCACCGGUCACAACUAAGGUUGACACAUACAGUUUUGGGGUAUUGCUACUAGAGAUCAUUUGUUGCAGGAAGAAUGUAGAAAAAGAGCUUGUUAAUGAAGAAAAGGGGAUAUUAACUGAUUGGGCAUAUGAUUGCUACAAAACCAAGAGACUAGAAAUGCUUCUUGAAAAUGAUUAUGAGGCUGUAAAUGAAUUGGUCAGCUUCGAAAAGAUUGUCAUGAUUGCCAUUUGGUGCACUCAAGAAGAUCCCUCUCUUAGGCCAACAAUGAAGAAGGUUUUGCUUAUGCUAGAAGGAAUUGUUGAAGUUUCUCUUCCCCCAAAUCCCUACUUUAAUGGUUCAAUAAGUCACAAU